AUGGAUCCCCCCAACAACGGCAACUCCAACAACAUGGAAUCCCAUGGCCACAACGACGACGGCGACGACGAAGAGUUCUACAAUGAGCUCGGCGACGAUACAGAGUCCGAGUUGUUGACGGCGGCCCAGCGAUCGCAGCGAAGGAAUCGAUGGAGUUGGCGACCUCGACGGCUUCGGUCGUCCACUGGCAAUGAUGCAGCGGCGACGACGACAGCGGCCCAUGCCGAUGGAAUCUUUCGUAACGAAGAGGACCACUUUCCCACGUCCCUCUUGGCUUCGUCUCCUCCUGCCUCUGCCUUUCCUCCUGUCGUGGCCGAAGAGGAUCCUUUCAAUCUCUUCUCCACGUCCAUGGUGCCGCCAUCGUCGCCGCCUAGUAGUACUAUUACAUCCUCCACUAUUGCUGCGCCCCCCUUGUCUCCCGAUGCGACUCUGGUGACGGAAAUGGAAAUGGAAGCGGAAGAAGCACUUCUUCUACAAGAGCUUGUCCAAGCAGACGAGGAUGACUACGAGGAUGAUGUCACAACAAAGAAAGACACCAACAAGAAGGAAAAGGAAGAUGAUGAGACAAGUUACACCAACACGACUGUCACACACUCGAACAACUCCGGCUCCAACAUCAGUGCGACGUCCUCCAACGUCACACACUCCUUCAUUCCACGAACCAUUAGUACCGACAGCAGUACCAGUCAUAAUGACGACAACGACCACGUUGACAAGGACAGUGACAAUAGCAGCAGCAUUAUUAGUGAUGACUAUUACAGUGACAGCGAUGCCGGAGACUCGGACAAGACAGUCGUUGGUCAAAAACAACAAGCCCAAAGCCGCAAGGGCGCGCAACGACAGAGCAAACGCCGGUGGAGAUUCCGGGUCGGCAUGAGAUCCACUGGAAAUCGUUUGAACAUUCUCGAAGAAGGAUCCGACGAAGAACGCAGUACCGAUCGGACCGAAUCCCGAGGCACCACGACGACGCCUUCGUCCCACGACAAUUGGUCCCAACGGUCACUCCAUGUUCUCCUCGGAGGGGCCUGUUGGACAUCCCGGGCGUGUCAAUUGUUACUGGUACUGGCACUCUGUGGGAUUGUGCUCUUGUUGGUAUUGGCCGUGCUGCAUGUCUUUGUCGAUGGUGUGUCCUUGUUUGGUGGGGAUAGUAGUACUGGUACUCCCGAAGCUUCACCACAAGAUGGCCUGCACCCUGACGACAGCACAUUCCUAUACUAUUACUGGGAUCCCAUUAUUAAAUUGCAAGGUCCGCGGCGUCCCAUACAAAUGUUGUUGCCCGAAUUCACGCUCCAAGCUUUACAAAACCCUGAUAGUCCUCAAUCCAAGGCUGUUGCCUUUGUCGAAGGGCAUCCCGAUUAUGCCUUUCUGCCCAAUUGGAGAAAGGUACAACUCGUGGCACUCGCCAUGUUUUAUAUUUGUCUCAAUGGACCCGAUUGGCCUGCUGACAAGCGCCAACACUGGUUGUCGUACGAGCACCACGAAUGUCAGUGGGGCGAUGCCGGUGGAGAUGAAUACUGGGGUAUGUCCUGUCACGACUACAAUCCCAACGAUGCCAAUGAUCCCGGCAAUGCCAUGCAACAUCUCAAUUUGGAUUGGUUCCUCGGAUUUGGUCUGCAGGGAGUAUCCCCCAAGGCACUCGAUAUCGCAGGUGGGCGAUUGCCGAAUGAAUUGAUCUUUUUGACUCGCCUCGAAACACUGGGCAUUCUCAAUGCCGGUGUGCAUGCCACGGCACAAGACAUGAUCCCACCGGCAUUGGUGCAACUCUCAUCCCUCCGACGUCUCAGUUUCAAGUACAAUCAGUUGGUUGGAACAUUGCCACCCUAUUUGGGAGACAUGACGCAGUUGCGCUACCUGAGUUUGGGAUCCAAUCAUCUCGGAGGGACGCUGCUACCACGAAUGCAGCAACUCACGCAACUCACCAGUCUCUUUUUGCAGAGUAAUCAAUUCGAGGGGAGUAUCCCGGCCGAAUGGACCACCGGCAUGACCUCGUUGGUGGAAUUCUCGGCCAUUGACAAUGACUUGUCUGGGACGAUACCAUCGUCACGAGGCGGUGACGAAUGGCAACAGCUGCGAUAUCUCUUUUUGGAUCACAAUCCCAAACUGAAGGGAACUGUUCCUGCGUCUCUGUGCGAAUUGCCACAAAUGACAUCGAUUCUGGUUCCUUGUUCGGUGGACUGUGGAGCAUCCUGUGGUAGUCUCUGUGAGUGCUACUAG